GAUAAUUUUUCAUGACGUAAAUCAAGAUGGCCGCGCUGUGCUGUUGAUAUGAUUGACUUGCAGCACUGAUCACAGAAAUGAAAACAUAGUCUUUAUAUUCACCUUACUUUAUUUUUAUUAAGAUCGAGAUUGUUCUGAUUUUCAUGCUGUUGUGAAUUAUUUUACAUCGGAAAACUCCGAGGACUGUUAAACAUGGUAAAGUGUUGAACUGCCUAAACGAAGACCAUUAUUAUUAAACAUGCAGAUAAAGCUGUAAUUCUAUAGUCAGCUCUGGUUUUGGCUUCACACAUUACAUCCAAGCACUUUAUAUAGAUAGAGUCUACAUAAUUUACGAGGUAAAUCCAUUAAAGAAAGACUGAUUGCAGCAGACCUGACUAGAAUGUAAACUUAAAUUAUGGUUGUGUUUCCAAACCUAGUGAGCUGCCUGCUUAGCAUUGUUUUGGCAUCGUAUGGGCGUUCCUAAAUUGUUUUUCUGGGACCAGUAUGUCCACAAAUGCUGUCCAGUAGUCAUUUUACUAGGUUUUGAACAUGUGGAAGGGUUUGGAUGCUUGAUUUGUUCUUAUUUAGUCAGCCAAAGCGGAUAGCAUGGAGGGGAGCGAGUCAAGUGCAAAAGACAGAAGAAGAUCUCGGAGCAGAGAAAGAGAAAAUCGGAAACGUAAAAGGAGCAGAUCAUCUUCGUCAUCUUCCAGUUCUUCCUCAUCAUCAUCAUCCUCGUCAUCACGGUCUUCAUCCAGCAGUGAUUCAUCUCGUAGUAAGUCCAGCUCCAGUAGCUCAGAUUCUUGCAAAAAGCGAAGAAAAUCUUCAAAGAAACUCAAAGAGAAACAUGGCAAAAAGAAAGGAAGAAAAGAGAAGACACGCAAACGGAAGAAGGAAAAGGGACAAAAAGUGCAGGACGAAACCUCUGGACCUGUUCAGAUUUCAAAGUACCUUAAGGAAAAGAAGAAAAGCGGCAAGUAUAGUAUGAUUUCAGGGAAGAAGAUUAAAAUGAAAGUGAAAAAAUCAAAGAAGGACAAGCAGAGGGACAAAAACAGAGCCGAACUGCUGGAGUUCUUAAACUCCACCUUCUGAUUCAGUCCCAAUCAGGACUUUUAUUUUGCAUUACGAGCCUGACCACCACUCAGGGAAAAACCAUCUUCAAUGACUGAUGUUGUCCUGAUGCUAUACAUUGACUAUUCCUUACCAUAAAUUGUUUUAUGUAGAUGGUUGUUGUCCCCAUUUUUUAUUUCAGACAAUACGUACAGUAUGUUUUGUAUCUGAUUAACUGUACACUAUGAGAAAUGUAGUAGCUUGGCUGUAACAUUGUUACAUGUUACUGAAAUUAAAAAAAAUAAUAAAUAUAUAUAUAUAUAUAUAUAUAUAUAUAUAUAUAUAUAUAUAUAUAUGUAUGAGUAAUCAUGGGGAUCAUGUUUUUGUGUUCUCAUCUUUAAAUGGCAAACCUCAAGUAAAUAAUUACUAUACUAAAUCUGUCCAAAAUCAGAGGUGUAAGGAAUUGUUAUGAGAGAUGCUGAAUUAGAGAGACUAAAUGAUGUUUUAUUGUGAUUAAUACAAGGACAAUUUGGACUCAUUCAACCUUUCACCUGGAAUAUUACGUUUUAUAUUGUAUCAUAGUGAAGCUUCGCCCUUUUUUUUUCUUUUUUCAAAACAAUUCAAAUCAGAAGCAACAAUGUUGAUGAGUCGUUCCAUUGUUGUGUUACUAUCCCCUAUGAAAAUCUAUUUACUCUAUGGUGUAUUUACCUCCGCACUAGAUUGUUGAGAUUAGCCCUCCAGGAUCUGCCCUUUUGUGGAUCUGUGUAUUUGACCGUUAUUUUGUCAAUUCUGUAAAAUACAUUCCCACUCUGAAUGUUGAAGUCCUUUCUUUUAUAGCUUCUCAGACAUAAAUUAGCUCUAGAGUGACACAUACAGUAGUUUCUAAUAAUUAACAGGAAAUGUUUUUAGAUAGUUUAGUAAUUAGUAGAGAUUGUAUGAAAAUAUAUUUAUUUUGCGGUGGUUUUGUCAUCCUAUGAAUAAUAUGUAUUAUUUAGCGGCCUAGAGCUAUACAAUUUCUUUUAUUUCAAAAGACAAACUCCUCCAGAGCAUAGCUAUAUUGUAAUAAUGAGCAUAUACCUCCACAUAAUAGCAUGAAGUUUUGGCUGUUUUCGCACUAUGUUUGUGUUGGGGAGACAAACUCCUGAAGAUUUGUGUGAAAAUGGUGGCCUUUGCUCCUUUAACAAUGCAAUUAAAUAACUUAAAAUGG